CGCCAUGGCCGCCGGGCGGGCCUUCCUCUGCGCCCCAGCCUCCAUCGGAGCCACCGCCCGCAGAUUAGCCUUCGCCUCACCCCCUCUCCGGCCCCUCGCCUCCGCGCCCCACCGCCGCGGCCGCGCCCGCUGCUGCGCCUCGACCUCCUCGUCCUCAGAUGCCUCCGCAUCCGCGCCGCCACCCUACGUGCUCACCACGCCGCUCUACUACGUCAACGCGCCGCCGCACAUGGGCAGCGCAUACACGACCAUCGCCGCCGACGCCGUCGCCCGCUUCCAGAGAUUGCUAGAGAAGAGGGUUAUAUUCAUUACUGGAACCGAUGAACAUGGUGAAAAAAUCGCCACUUCAGCAGAGGCUAGUGGCAGAAACCCCAAGGAGCACUGCGAUAUAAUUUCAAAUUCAUACAAGGCGCUUUGGGCUGAUCUAGACAUACAGUAUGACAAGUUUAUUCGCACAACCGAUCCUAAGCAUGAAGCUGUUGUUAAUGACUUCUAUUCUAGAGUACUAAGCAGCGGUGACAUAUAUAGAGCUGAUUACGAAGGGCUUUACUGUGUGAGCUGUGAGGAGUACAAGGAUGAAAAAGAACUGACGGAAAACAAUUGCUGUCCUGUGCAUCUGAAGCCUUGUGCACCUAGAAAGGAAGAUAACUAUUUCUUUGCCUUAUCAAAAUAUCAGCAUAAGUUAGAAGAGCUACUGACAACAAAUCCUAAUUUUGUAAGGCCAUCACAUCGCUUGCACGAGGUCGAAGGCUGGAUUAAAAGUGGACUGAGAGACUUCUCUAUUUCUCGUGCAUCUGUCGAAUGGGGCAUUCCUGUGCCCAAUGACACCAAGCAAACAAUAUACGUGUGGUUUGAUGCCUUAUUAGGUUAUCUUUCAGCGUCUCUAGAUGAUGGGGAGCAGGCAAGUUUACAGCAAGCUGUUGAUCGUGGUUGGCCUGCCUCUCUACACCUGAUAGGAAAGGACAUAUUGCGGUUUCAUGCAGUUUAUUGGCCAGCAAUGCUAAUGUCAGCAGGGAUAAGCGUUCCUCAUGCAGUUUUUGGUCAUGGAUUCUUGACAAAGGAUGGCAUGAAGAUGGGGAAAUCAUUAGGCAACACACUUGAACCAAAGGAUCUGGUUGACAGAUUUGGAGUAGAUGCUGUUAGGUACUUCUUCUUGCGAGAAGUAGAAUUCGGGAAUGAUGGGGACUAUUCAGAAGAACGCUUUAUCAAUACAGUCAACGCACAUCUUGCUAACACAAUCGGAAACCUCCUCAACCGGACACUUGGUCUCCUAAAAAAGAACUGUAACUCUACAUUAGCUUUUGAUUCAAUUGCUGCUGCCGAUGGCAAUUCAUUCAAGAAUAAUGUUGAAAACUUGGUGGACAAGGCGAAGGGCCAUUAUGAAAAUCUUUCGUUGACAUCAGCAUGCGAAACUAUUCUAGAAAUUGGUAACUCAGGAAAUCUGUACAUUGAUGAGCAAGCACCAUGGUCUUGUUUCAAGCAAGGGGGUGAGAGUGCUGAAAAGGCUGCAAAGGAUCUCGUCAUUAUUCUAGAGACAAUGAGAAUAAUUGCAAUAGCGUUGUCUCCAAUCACUCCAAGCCUUUCCUUGAGGAUUUAUACACAGCUUGGUUUCACAGAGGACCAGUUUAGUACAUUGAGAUGGGAUGAUACCAAAUGGGGAGCCCUUAAAGCAGGUCAGGCAAUGAUGGAGCCAAAGCCAAUAUUCGCAAAAAUAGAAACCGAAGUUGAAGAGAAAGGUCAAGCAAGUCCAAAGGAAGGGAAGGGUGGGAAGAAGAAAGCACGUAGUAAAGGACUUGUGGAGGCAUGAGCUAGGUUUGUGGGUAAUGAACUACUGACUGAAUGAUUCCUCAGCUUUUAGCAUUCUGGAUGCCUACUUUGCCAAACUGUCACGUAUUUACUGGUGUAGAUAGCAUAAGAACGACUGGUGGCCUUGAAGCUUGGUGGAAACUGGAAAGGAAGGCUGAUUUUUUUGUUAUUUACCGAACUGAAACUUAGCAAUUUUGUUCUCUCAGGCUUUCUGAUUCAAGUUUGUACAAUGAUGGGGCUAAACUAGUACGGUCUCUCUUGUUUUGGAAAUAUAAGGCGUCCACGUUUCUGACAACUA